AUGCACCUUCUCUCUUCUCCUCCUCCUCCCUCAAACCCCAACUUCACUGUCUUCUCCUGCACCUCCCAAAACCCUAACAACCACUCCAAGUUCGCCUUCAAAAUCCCCACUUUGCCCCUCCACUCUUCCCCUUAUUCCCUCUCAGCCCCUCCACGCUGCUCCUCCCGGGACUCCUCCGCACCAGUCCUCGACCAGACCCCGCUCCCAGGCUCCUCCAAUGGCGCCGUUUCGAACGACCAGAGCCAAGGCAAUGCCGUGCUGCCCGAGGCAGAGUCGUCAAAAAGAGUGCUCGCGGUUCGCCGGCCGGCCAUGGAAGUCUCCGGCGACGGAGAAGGUGGCGAGGAGGCACCUACGGCCCUCGAUGCAGGGCUUUCCGAGUUGGCGAAUAAUAUGCCGAUAUUCGAGCCGGAACAGAAGGCUGAAUCGGGUGUGAAAGAGAAGCCAUUGUCGGUGAACUUGGACUUGGCGUUGUAUAGAGCUAAAAUCUUGACCAGAAACUAUCGAUAUGAUGAAGCAGAGAAAUUACUUGAGAAGUGUAUAUAUUAUUGGCCUGAAGAUGGAAGAGCGUACGUGGCGCUGGGGAAGGCCUUAAGCAAACAAUCGAAGACGGCCGAAGCUCGAGCUGUUUAUGAGAAAGGCUGCCAAGCUACUCAAGGAGAAAAUCCAUACAUUUGGCAGUGCUGGGCUGUUUUGGAAAAUAAGACGGGAAAUACAAGGAGAGCAAGGGAAUUAUUUGAUGCGGCCACGGUUGCUGAUAAGAGGCACAUUGCUGCCUGGCAUGGGUGGGGAGUUCUAGAGCUAAAGCAGGGAAAUAUAAAAAAGGCAAGGCAUCUGCUUGCUAAAGGUCUAAAAUUUUGUGGAGGGAACGAGUACGUUUACCAGACACUCGCAUUGCUGGAAGCUAAAGCCAAUCGCUAUGAGCAGGCUCGAUAUUUGUUCAGGCAGGCUACCAAGUGUAAUCCCAAAAGCUGUGCCAGUUGGCUUGCGUGGGCUCAAUUGGAGAUGCAACAGGAGAACAAUCGUGCUGCCAGGCAACUCUUUGAGAAAGCGAUACAGGCAAGCCCCAAGAAUAGGUUUGCAUGGCAUGUUUGGGGAAUGUUUGAAGCUAAUAUAGGUGACGUUGACAAAGCAAGAAAGCUUUUAAAGAUAGGUCACGCGCUCAAUCCAAGGGAUCCAGUUCUGCUUCAGUCCCUUGCUUUAUUGGAAUAUAAAAACUCAACUGCAAAUCUUGCUCGACAGUUGUUCAGGAGAGCAUCUGAGUUGGAUCCCAGGCAUCAACCAGUGUGGACGGCUUGGGGAUGGAUGGAAUGGAAAGAAGGAAACAUAGAGACAGCAAGGAAAUUAUACCAAAAAGCAUUGUCCAUCAACUCAACUAGUGAAACUGCUGCUCGUUGCCUGCAGGCUUGGGGAGUUCUAGAACAGAGAAAUGGUAACCUAUCAGCUGCCAGGAGAUUGUUUAGGUCCUCCCUUAAUAUAAAUUCUCAGAGUUAUGUCACAUGGAUGACAUGGGCAUCAUUAGAGGAAAACCAAGGAAACUCUGUACGUGCAGAGGAAAUUCGUGACCUCUAUUUCCAGCAGCGCAUUGAAAUUGUGGAUGAUGCUUCAUGGAUUAUGGGAUUCUUAGACAUUAUAGACCCCGCGCUUGACCGUAUAAAGAGUCUCUUGAAGUUGGACCAGAAUUCACAACAAAUACAACCGGAUUCUCUGAGAACAAUAACAGGAGCAAAUGAAAAUAAUAUCGAUGAAGAGUCGGCUGGCCUUUACUCUAAAGGAAAUGACAUGGAAAGUGAGACUGGUUUUGAUGUGGAUGCUUUUGUUACAGAAAAAUUAUCUCUAGACCCAUCCAAGCUAGAAGUUCAGAUGGAAACCUCACGGCCUUUUGUACUAAACAGAACAAGAGCGAAAGUAUUAUAG